AUGGCGAAUCCCACAGCUCAACAACCGAAUCUCCUCGACUCAAUCGACGACGUGUACGACAUGUUUCAUCGCGGGCAGAACGCCGCAUUCGCCGAAGCCGCGGACGACCUUCUCGACAACUAUCCGAAGCUCAACAGGUUCCAUCGAGUCCAGCUCAUGGCACUCCUCGUACGGGUCGUGGACGACUACCAGGAAGUCGAUCAGUUGUACGAUGAAGCACUCCGCGAGUUCAGAACGCUAAAGCGCCACUUCCUCUACAACGGCAACGACAAUCCCAACUUUGAGAGCCACCUCCAGAAACUCCAGGUCAUACUUGAUGGCUCGAAGACGGUCGUCGAUGAGAUGGCGGGAAUCAGCUCUGAGCCUGCAGAUGGGCAGGACGCUGAGAUGGAAGAGGAUGGUCUUGAGAUGGAAGAGGAGAGCGUUGAGAUGGAAGACGAGAAUGCUGCCAUGGAAGAGGAGGAUGGCGAUGACACUCUCAUCCCGGACACCUUCCCACUCCCCACCAUCUCUCUCUCCGACCUGCCGUCGAGCUCUCCGAAUCUGAUGGCGGACGACACGCUGCCCUUGUCGGAGUCGUCGCAGCAAUUCCAAAACUCCACGGACCCGACCGAGAUGUCCGAGGAGCCCAAGUCAGACGAUCUGCCAAUUCGUCCUGCGCCGCACAAGGAGGGAAAGUUUGGUGGCAGCAUGAGGAGGCGCUACGGCAAAGGGUUGUUGAAAGAGAAGAUGAGCAUCGCCGAUCUCCGGAAAAUCUCCGGAGUUCCUCCACCUCACGACGAAAAGGACGAGGAGGGCAUGGCAUCGGAAUGA